AUGACCACCGAGCCACACAAAUUAAUUGAUCCAGCUGUCUUUUCAUCAUCUUUUUGUCUUUCCGAUUAUUUUGGCAUGAUGACAAGUGGCGUGAUGAAUCAAAAAAUCACAUCAGAGCAACAACAACCAUCAGAAGAAGUCCAACAAUCCACAGCAUCUACUACAACAACAACAACCGAAACCAAUGACGUUCCAGAAUUUCAUUAUCGUGUCGAUUGUUUUAAUAAUUGUUCGGAGACUUGUCGAAACUUUUUGAAACAUUUCCAAAAUAAUUGCCAGUUAUUGUCCCUUCACGAAGAGACGAGUACUGAACCGAAUCAUCAAUUAUAUCAUCCAAAUAUCGAUCUUGAUUUGAAGGAACAUGUUGAAAUUUCGAGUCUCAUUGAACAAUUUAUUGUCACAAUCGAAUCGUCUCCAAUAGAAGAAGUUGAAACAACCAGUAACAGUGGCAAUUCUCCCAAUACAAGUUCUGAAUCAUCUUCAGCUUCGACAGAAAAGGAUUUGAAAAUCAUUGAUCUUGCUACUUUGGAUAUAAAAGGAAAACUGUCGAUUUCAAAAGCAAGUGGUUCGAUACAGACCAAUCUCAAUUCCGAUCCCAUGAAAGAUAUGGAUUCUAACAAGUUAUGGAUGCAGCUAGACUCACUCAACGGAAUUUCCUUUCACAAAUGGAUCGAGAAAAUUAUAUUUCCAUAUUUGAGAUUAUCAAACAUUCCUCCAAAAAUUUACAACCACUUGAAUGUAUGGCAUGAUUUGAUAAGAAUUAAUCCAGAAUUGACACAAGAAAUGACUGAAGUAUUCUUUGCCUGUUAUCCUUCACUGUUUAAACAACUGUCAGAGCAUUAUCCUUAUUCCAACGAUCAGAAAAAUUGUCACCUGUUACUAGCUGAAUAUUUAAUUGGAAUUCUGUGGACGAAUUACUUGACUAUCCAUGAAAAGAAGGAGUUACACAUUUUCAAUGAGAUUGUUAUGCAGAGAACUCUUCACUGUCUGAAAUAUUGGACCCAAUACUAUUUUGAUCGUUUUGAUUUUUGGACGAAUCAAUUUGUGUCAAAUUCUCUUCAAGAACUUAUGGAGCUAUUCCAAAAUCUUCAACUGAUAUCAGAAGAAUCAUACGAGAAAUUGUCACAAUUCAGGGUUUGCCUUUCUUCCAUUCGAGAAUUGUUACAAACUUCACAAGUUCAAAGAGAUUUUCCCUUUUCCAUGUCUAGAUGGAAGGAAUAUGUAGAAACGAAAAAGGAAGAACUUGGUUUGAAUGAAAAAGAGACUCCCAAUGAAGAAGAAGGCGAAAGACAGUCUCUAAAUGAACAAGCAGAUACUGAUAUCAUUCAAGUAGUGGAAGAAGUUGCUGAAAAUGGAGAAGAGGAAGACGACGAGGAUGAGGAUGACAUGGAUCUCUCUGAAAUGUUUCACAAUUUGUCAUGUUCCAUCAUGUCUCAAUUCGAUUUAUCACAAAUUCACAUUCCAGAGCUCUUCAAAGACAAGCUUGAUGAGUCCAUGUUGAAUUCUCUUCUUGAAACGACAUUUGACAACAUGAAUGACACUGACUCGUCACAACUCAUUCAACAAUUCGUGCUCUCCUUCAUGAAAAGAAUUUAUCCCGAAAGGAGUGAAAGCGGCGAAUUGGAAAACAUGCCCACUACUGAUUUAUAUUUUGAAUUUAUUUCGUUAUGGUCUCCACUAGAAAUUGCCAAACAGUUGACAAAUUAUGAAUUUGUGUAUUGUUUCGAGGCAUGCAACACCCAUGACUUUUUUGCAACCAUUUCCAAAAGUUCAUCAAACACACAUUCGUCACAAAAUCCCUAUAAUUUGAAUCACAUGAUUGAAAGAUUUAAUUGGCUCUCCUUUUGGAUUUGUUACAUCAUAUUGAAACAAAAAGACAUGAAAACUCGAGUCAAAACGAUGGCAUACUUCGUUCAGGUGAUGUUCUUUGUCAUGUGCUUGCAAAACUAUCAAAGUUCAAUGAGUAUUCUGAGUGCCUUUCACAGCACGUCAAUUGUGAAAUUAAGCAAAGCUUGGGAUCAACUAUCAACAUUCGAAAAUGACGAAGAAGAUGUUACAUUUAACUUGCCAUCAUUUCCUUAUUAUCAAUUUUUGAAAGGAGCCAAUGAGUUAUUUUCUUUUGACAAGAAAUUUUUCAAUCUCAAAUGUCACAUCAUUUCAGAAAUUGAGAAAAAGUUACAAUCUAAUGAGAGUGAAUCCUCCAUUUCUUGCAUUCCAUAUAUUGGAGCUUUUUUGGGUGAAAUUUCAGCCAUUGAAACUUAUUUCAAUGACUUUUUCUCGUUCAAUGAAGCAAAUAUUCCACAACAUGGACAUAACAAGCCUCAUCAUCCUCAUCAUCAUCAUCAGCAUAGCUAUUUCAAAACAAACCCCAACACAACCAUUCACACUCAUCAAAUUCCACAUCAUUACAUGUUUAAUUAUGAAAAGAAAAAGAAAAUUACAAAACCAAUUAAGGAAAUUCAAACAUUCCAAAAACUUUCUCGAGUGAGAACAACUACCGAUCAAUUGAACCAGAGUAUUCCACAUGCGUUAUUUAAACCAAUUCCAAUUUUGCACGUAUUGCUUUCAACGAGCGAAUUGAUCAAAUCGCUUCCAACAGAUCCUAAACUUUCUGACACUAUCCAUGUGAAUGGAAGUGUCAAUCCAUUAAUUCGAAGUGACAGCUUGACGAGUAUUGGUUUGGACAGUCCUACACUCUCAACAGCAUCGAAUAGCUCAAACAAUGGAUCUGGAUUUUUCCAAAGUCAAUCUGUCAUGGCGUUAAUGGCUCUCAAGUCCAAUGCUCACAGCGAUUAUAUCAAGAAAAUAUUUAGAGAAAUGGCUAAGGAAAUUGUGAAGAAUGAAUAA